CUGAUACAACCGAGAAGCGUCGCGACUUUUGCUCCUGCUGCCCUGGACAACCGGCGCCUCUCUCCAAGGCUGACUGUAACCCAAUGAGAGCCCAGUGAUGGGUAAGGAGAAGCUCCAUAUCAACAUUGUGGUCAUUGGCCAUGUGGAUUCAGGGAAGUCCACCACCAUUUACAAGUGCGGAGGCAUCGACAAGAGGACCGUUGAAAAGUUUGAGAAGGAAGCUGCAGAGAUGGGAAAAGGCUCUUUUAAGUACGCUUGGGUCCUUGACAAGCUAAAAGCUGAGAGAGAGCGAGGCAUCACCAUCGAUAUCUCCCUGUGGAAGUUUGAGACCAGCAAGUACUAUGUCACCAUCAUUGAUGCUCCAGGACACAGAGACUUUAUUAAGAACAUGAUCACUCGGACCUCACAGGCAGACUGUGCUGUGUUGAUUGUGGCAGCUGGCGUUGGAGAAUUUGAGGCUGACAUCUCAAAGAAUGGCCAAACACGAGAGCACGCUUUGCUGGCAUACACCCUGGGUGUCAAACAGCUGAUCGUGGGUGUCAACAAGAUGGACUCUACGGAACCCAAUUACAUGAAGCGCUAUGAAGAGAUUGUGAAGGAAGUCAGCACUUACAUCAAGAAAAUUGGCUACAACCCUGAUACAGUGGCAUUCGUUCCAAUCUCUGGAUGGAAUGGAGAUAACAUGCUGGAGGCCAGCCCAAACGUUAGUGUCAUAAAUCAUUUUAAUAUGCUGAUGCGCUGCUCAAGUCAAGAAAUAUUUCUUAUUAUUACCAUUCAGCCUCCAACCCGCCCCACUGACAAACCCCUUCGCCUCCCACUGCAGGACGUUUACAAGAUUGGAGGAAUUGGUGCUGUGCCUGUGGGACGGGUUGAAACAGGCAUUCUGAAACCUGGCCUAGUUGUGACAUUUGCCCCUGUGAAUGUGACCACUGAGGUGAAAUCUGUGGAGAUGCAUCGUGAGGCCCUAUCUGAAGCUCUUCCGGGUGGUAAUGUGGGAUUUAAUAUGACGAAUGUCUAAGUCAAAAAUAUCCGACGUGGGAAUGUUGCAGGUGACAGCAAGAAUGAUCCUCCAACAUUAUCCGCUUUCUGCUCUGGUCAGGUGAUCAUUCUGAACCACCCAGGUCAGAUCAGCACUGGUUAUGCCCCCGUGUUGGACUGCCACACUGCUCACAUUGCUUGUAAAUUUGCCGAGUUGAAGGAAAAGAUAGACCGUCGCUCUGGAAAGAAGCUGGAAGACAAUCCCAAGUCCCUGAAGUCUGGGGAUGCUGCUAUUGUAGAUAUGAUACCAGGCAAACCCAUGUGUGUGGAGAGUUUCUCUGAGUAUCCUCCUCUUGGUCGCUUUGCAGUGCACGACAUGCGUCAAACCAUAGCAGUGGGCGUCAUCAAAGGGGUUGAGAAGAAAACCCCGACCUCUGGGAAGGUCACUAAAUCUGCCCAAAAGGCCCAGAAGAACAAAUGAAUGUUGUGCUGGGCUGCGAACACUCGGGUCAGCCACACCAUCCCUCCUCAUCUCAACUUCAUAAACAAAGCUUGGUUAAUUAUCACAAUGCAUCGCAAAAGCAGAAGGAAAAGUACUGUAAAACUUAUGCCUGCUUGACAAAGAUUACAGUAGUGAUAAGUAUAUUUAUGUUCAAUCAUAUGUUCUGUUUGAAUUAUCAGUUUUCAUUGUGGUAUUUGUUCUAUUUUUUAAUUAUUCGAAGCACUUUAAGCAGAUCUGCCUCUGGUGGGAGUGUAGAGUAAGCUUUGUUAUCCUGUAGCUUGUGUGCAAUAUCAAAACCCUCUUGCUAACAUUGCUUGUGUAACCUGCUUGCAAUAGAAACUGUUCCAGCUUGUCCAAAAGCUAUGAGAUUUUAUCGUAGUCUCUUAAGUUAGUUUGAUGUGUUGUGACAUAGCUUUAUAAUUGAAGUUCAGUGUCUUUUUCUGUUUGCAUGAAGCGAAAGUAGCUAGCGCACUUUACUGUCUAACCUGACAGCGCUCUGAACAAGCAUGAGCCAUCUUGUUUGCACUUGCACUCAUGUACCUUAAGGGGAAUAUGAUUCUCCAUUAUCUAAUGUAUUUCGGUUCAUAACCAACAUUAAAAUACAUUUGAACUCAGAUGCCUGCUUCUAAAUUACUGGACAAAGAAAUAACAAGAAGACAUUUUCACAGACAUCUUUGAUGGGGCUUUUGUAUUUUAAUCAGACAUUUGAGAGCUCUGACAACAAUGUUCAGUGCUGGUGCACAUGCAAACAAUUUUUUUUGUAAAUAUCAUUAUACAAUAAUUAUUUAUAAUGUAUAUUGUAUAAUGAUGUAUAUUUACAAAACAAACUAGAUUUUAAGGUGGACUGUGUGAAUUGUGUUUGCGGUGUGAUCAGAGCUAAAAAAAAAAAAAAUACCAACUGAUGUAGAAAGGAAACUAUGAGGUGCUCUUCUCAUCAUUUAAUAUGCUUUAUCAAAACUGUACAAUUUUUAGCAGCAUCAGUUUCUUACAACAUGUCUGGCACUUUUUUUGUUUUUACAUAAGAAAAGUAAAUGACCUUUUAAUACAAUAUAAUCAAUUCAGAAAGUGUGA